GUCAACCACGGAAGCCAACCAAGACUACAAUACCCAGGGUGCAGCGCGCCACCUGGGGCGGAGCCCGAGUUCCAAGUCCUUGGAGGAAGUAAACGCGAAACUAAACAAACGCUCGGAGCGUUCGAGUAGAAAAGUCUUGGUUCGAGUGCAGAACUACAUUUCCCAGCGGGCAUCGGGACCAGGGGACGUCCUGGGCCUCUGGAGUUGCCACCUUCGUGGGCGCGAGUAAGCUUUUCAAAAUGUCCAACAAAGAAUCUUGUGGAAAAAAAGAGAAGUCUCGGAGAAAAGGCAGCACCGCAUCACCCAACUUUGACCUAGAAGAUAAGAAAGAGAAAAAAGCUUCAAGUUCUCCUAGUUCAGCUUGCUGUGUAAGGUCUGUUUCAUCAGAGAAGAGAAAACUGAAAUCGGAUCAUACAGACAUUCUGUACUGUGAUAUAAAAAGAAGACAAGAAGUGAAAAGAUUGAAUGUAGAAACCGACACUCCAGGAAGGAGACCAAAAAUCAGUUCUUUAUCCCCUCAAGGGCCUGUUAAACUCCAGGAAGCAUCAUAUUCCGAUGCUAAUCAAAUUAUCUCACAGAGCCCUUCUUCACAUGGGACUAAAAAAGAUUUAACUAAAUAUGACAAUUUUAAAGAUAUUAAAUUGACAAAUGUUAGGAGCAAGGCUGACCAUGGAAUUAAAAACUUUUGCGGUCCUAAGAUUGCCAAAGAUGUGAAACCAAAAACAGAAGGCCAAGCAAGUGAAAAACAAUGGCCUCAUUUACUCACUCAGGGGGAGAAGUUGAAAGAACUCAAGAAAGAAAGGUACAAGAAAUUUAGAGACAGUUCUGAAAAAUGUGUUUUGGGGAAACGCAAGAGAAUCCAUUUUUCUCAGGAUUGUAAUUCCGACAAGAUAAUCAAGGAAUCCCUUGAAUCUAGAAGAAGGAAGAUCAGUUUCAAAAUCCCAAUAAAAUCCCGUGAUACUCUCCAGAAGCUUGUAGAAGAGAAUGUCUUCAAUUUAGAGUCUAACAAUUCAAAGACUAAGCAGGAGAAGAAAGAAAGACUGAAAGGUUCCCAAGCUUCAUUAAAUUUGACUAGGCACAAAAGUGAACGUUUAUUUUCAGAAUCCACGUGUAAACAGGCUGUACAUGAGUGGAAAGGAAAAUAUCAUCAUGAGCAUCGAGAAAGUAAUGAUUCAGGUUCUGGUGAAAACCCAAUCCAGAGUUUUGAACCUCCAUGUUCUUCAGUGUCCCUUGAAAGUAUUCAAGAUACAGAUCAAGAGAUGCAGAUAGUGGAAGAGCUCCAUGCUGUACGUGUGGGGAAAAGUGUGGAUUUACCUGUGGUUUUAUCUUCCGGGGAGUUAACGAGCAUGGAGAUUGACUUGGUGGACGAUGAUGUACAUUCCUCUCCUGCAAAAAGUGCUUCAGAUAAAAAGCUUCUAAUUGUUAUUGACACAAAUAUUCUGAUGAAUCAUCUCAAAUUUGUUAGAAUUUUGAAGACCACAGAAAUCCCAGGCUUUGAUAGACUUGUGUUAAUAAUUCCCUGGGUUGUUGUACAAGAGCUAGAUCGUAUGAAGGCAGGAAAACUACUAAAACACGCCCAGCACAAAGCUAUACCUGCAGUUCAUUUUAUCAAUGACAGUCUCAAAAAUCAAGAUAAAAAGCUAUGGGGUCAAUCAAUACAACUCGCAUCUCAAAAAGUUUAUGGGCUGAGUGAUGAGAACAACGAUGAUCGAGUAUUAAAAUGCUGUCUUCAGUACCAGGAAUUAUUCCCUUCUUCUGUUGUUAUUCUGUGCACGGAUGAUAGAAAUUUAAGAAACAAAGGCCUAAUAAGUGGUGUGAAGUCACUUAGUAAAGAAGAAUUGAGUGCAGAUUUAUUAAACUUAUCUCCGAACACAGAUGUAUGUCAUCAACCUUGUUUAUCUAAACAACAAUUGAAAGCAGAAGCAACACCAUUAGAAGAGAGCUAUAAGGGAGAAUCUGUACAUUCCAGACUACCCAUUCUACUUGAAAGCAUCAUAUCUGAUCUUGAAAAAUCUCUUGGAACAGCUUUAUCUUCAAUACUAGAAACAGAAAUGAAAAUUGCUUUUGGAAACCUCUGGAUGGAGAUGCUGUACUUGAAACCACCAUGGACUCUAAUUCAUUUAUUACAGUGCUUUAGAAAACAUUGGUUGGCUGUAUUUGGAUUAGUUAUGGAGAAGAACGUGCUUUUAACCAUUGAGAGCCUAUAUGAAAAUCUCUGUAAAGCUAACAAGGCAGUGGAUUUUACAACAGUGAAAUUUCUGCUUCAGGAUUCUAAAAGUUUGUUACAUGCUUUCAGUACAAGGUCAAAUUAUGAUGGUAUUCUUCCACAGGCCUUUGCUCAAGUUAACAAACUGCUCCAGACAUUUGCAGAGGUCAAGGCAAAACUUAAGCAAAAUCCUUCAGAAACUACAGUGGGUAAAAAGCAAGAAGAUACCUCGUUAAUGAAAUCUAAUAACCAAGAAGUCACCAUUUUCUCAGGUUCUCAUCUUCCCCAGCCCAACAGGCAUCAAAAAAUCUGGUCUACCCUAGAGAAUGUUUGGACAACAUUAUAUCAGAACAGCAUGGAUGUAUUUCAAAGAUUGGGCUCAAAUGCAGCUUUGACUUCUUCAAAAAUAGCAUCAUUUGAGGAAGCAUUUGUAUAUCUUCAAAAGUUAAUGGCAGCUGUGAAGGAUAUUCUUGAAGGAAUUCAGAGGAUUUUGGCCCCUAACAGUAAUUUUCAAGAUGUUGAGACCCUCUAUAACUUCCUAGUCAAGUAUGAGGUAAAUAAAAAUGUCCAAUUCACUGCCCAGGAACUUUAUGAUUGUGUCUCACAGACUGAGUAUCGGGAAAAGUUAACCAUUGGAUGCCGCCAGCUGGUCGAGAUGGAAAAUUCCAUGCAGCAGUGCAAUGCAUCUGUCUAUAUGGAGGCCAAAAACAGGGGAUGGUGUGAGGACAUGCUUAACUAUAGGACCUAAAUCCUGAUUUAUAACUUAAAAGGAAUGGCAUUUGUCUUCAGGAACAAUAGAGUGGCUAUCAACCUUUUGAGUCAAACACAAGUCUUGUAAAAAAAAAAAAAAAUGUCUCAUAGGUGCAAGAAGGUGAUUGCUUAUUGUUGAAAAUCUCAUUGAGGUUCUAAAAAGCCUAAUGCAUCCACUGUGGGAUAAACUGUGUACUCAACUCAUUGCAGUUGACAAUACCUCCCUACCUCUACUCCUGACACUGAGCCAAUCUGUCUAAAGAAGGGAGAGCUGUCUUUUUUAAUCUCUUAGGGCAGGAGCCACUUUGGCAUCUGUGGAAGGCCCAGGGGCACAACAUUAGCAUCUCUCUCAACCCUAAACAGGAGUACAUGGCCAGAAACACUUCCAAACCCCAAGAAAGAAAUAGGACAAUUAGGACAUGGCCAUGCUCACCAUGCUCCACAAAUGAAAUCUUACCCUGGGCUGUUUUAUGAUCACACUAUCUCCCAUUUAGACCUGGUGAACGUAACAUACAUCCCUUCCACUUCCCCCAAGGUGAUAAAAGUAGAAUUUUGACUUCAGCUCCUGCUUACUAUAUAGUUUCUUUUCUUCUACCCUAGUUUGUCACUUUUCAGUGCAUUUCUAAUGGAAAAAGCAGAGGAGACCCCUAUAACAGACUUCCCUUAAAUGUGAAGAGGCAUGGAUUUAUGGGAUUGGGUGGCAGUGACUAACGUUUGCCCCUAGCUAAACCAAGUGUUUAAUCAACUUAUUUAGUUAUACAUUGGAAAUCCUUGUUUAGUAUAUUAUGCUUUUGUUAAUACAUUAGAUUAAAUCUAAUUUGGUAUUCUAUGAUAAAUGUUAAUUUAUUUUUUACAAAAAAGCAAUAAAUUUUAUUUUUAGUAAGGUUUUGCUUUUCAUUUUACUUCCAAAUUGUGUUUCUUGAACUGUGUACAAGGUAUGAUGAUAAAAGUGACCCUCUCCCAAUACAAGAGAAUCUAUGCCGGAUUCUCAGUGUCAAUCUGUGCAGGGCCCCGCCGAGCUUUAUGUUUGCAUAGGAAGCCACAGCUCUACCUAGGGCUCAAAUGCCAUCAGGAAUAUGAGCCGAGCCCCGUGGAAUGAGAAGCUUCCAGAGGAUCUCUGCUCUCUUUCCUUUUCUUCCUGGAGGAGCCAGAAAAGCAUCGCCCUCCCCACCCCUCCAGGUUUUUUUUUUUUUUUUUCAGAUUUUUAUCCUUCAACUGCUUCUGGUUUGUUACUGGGUUUUGGUUCUGCUUUGUAAACUCCCUCUCCUCUUCCCUCUUUUUAUUUAAAAAAAAUUUUUUUUUGUUUUUGUUUGAGAAACAGCAUGAGCAGGGGAGGGGCAGAGAGAGAGAAGGAAUCCAAGCAGACUCUGCGCUGUCAGCACAGAGUCCAAGGUGGGGCUUGAACUCAUGAACGGUGAGAUCAUGACCUGAGCCAAAGUCAGACGGUUAACCGACUGAGCCACCCAGGCGCCCCUCCCCCACUUAUCUUUUUAACAUAGGUCGUGAUCUUUAGGAAAUUUCACUCCUGUCACCUGUGUGCUUCCACACAUUUCACUUUUUAAAAAAAGUUUGAGGGGCGCUUGGGUGGCACAGUUGGUAAAACGUCCGACUUUGGCUCAGGUCAGGAUCUCAACUUUGUGGGUUCUAGCCCUGCAUCAGGCUCUGUGUGGACAGCUUGGAGCCUAGAGCCUGCUUUGGAUUCUGUGGCUCUCUGCCCCUCCCCUGCGUGCACUCUCCCUCUCAAAAAUAACAUUUUUAAAAUGCUAAAAAAUAAAAAUAAAAAAAUAAAAGUUUGGGGGGGGUGGAGGGAGGGGCAGAGAGAGAGAGACAGGAAAGAUUCCCAAGCAGGCUCUGUGCUGGAAGUGCAGAGCCCAAGGCAAGGCUUGAACCCAUGAACCAUGAGAUCAUGACCUGACCUGAAACCAAGAGUUGGACGUUGACUGAGCCACCCAGGUGCCCCUACACAUUUCACUCUUAUGCAUGUAGACUUUAUCUUAGUCUGUGUCUUUUACAGUGUACAUUAAUUUGUCAAUUACUUCAACCUUUUUCAUUUUUUAUUUUGAGAUGUGAAGAUGUUCUGACUUUCUAGUCUUCUUUCUUUUGAUUUAUAAACUUUCUUUUAAAAAUGUUUAAUGUUUUUUUAAAAUGUUAGGUUUUUCUUUGUUGCUGUAUUUUCUAAUCUUAAUUUUAUACUUUCUAAUAGUCCAAUGCAGGAGGUGAGGGAUCCCUUUCCCCCACCCUCUACUCGUUUUCUGGGUCCCCCACUCUGGAUUGAAAUAACUCAGCUGACAGAAGGAUCAUAAGCUCCACCUUGUAGAACACAUUUGUUUUAAUGGAAGAAUUAUUAGAUCCUUAUGAGAGGAACUUACAGUUCUAAAAUCUCCAUUCUUCAAUAUGUAUGGCUAUCAUAUUUUGGGCGGAAGCCAUCAUAUGUAUGCCAGUAGGAACAAAUGAGCAAAGUCACACCAGGGAAAGGGCUCCCUUGGCCUUAGGAGUUGGUGAUAACUUCAUGAGGGCCAUCCAGGAGUAUUAUUCCAGCAAAGUUAUGGGCACUAUCUUACAUUAGUAGACUUUUCCAGCUUACUGUUACAAAACAGAAUCUACUUCUCUCCCGAGAGGACUAGGGAGGACCCUUUGGGUGUAGCCACCCCAGCAAUUCCAGCAUUCUGGGCCAAAGGAAUGCUGGUUCUAAGAAUUGGGGCUGGGGGCUCCUGGAUGGCUCAGUUAAGCAUCCAACUUCACCUCAAGUCAUGAUCUCACAGUUCCUGGGUUCGAGCCCUGCAUGGGGCUCUGUGCUGACAGCUCAGAGCCUGGAGCCUGCUUCAGAUUCUGUGUUUCCCUUUCUUUCUCUCUGUCCCUCCCUCACUCAUGCUGUCUCUUUCAAAAAUAAACAUUAAAAAAAAAAAAUUUUUUUUUAAAGAAUUGGCUUCUGUUGUGCCCCACUGGGAAUGUUAGGACCUGUAGUAGGCAAUUGGGACUGCACAGACUAGAAUUUAACAGAUGAAUUUCACUUUCCCAUUUUGGACUUUGUCACCUGAAAGACAGGGGACAUAAAGCUCAUUUACUUUAUCUUUUGACCAUCACCUUGAGAGAGAACAGAAGUCUUUUUACCUUUUCAGGGUUGAUCCAGGUUUAUUUAGAUGGUGUCUUGGUUGGAGCCUAGGUCACUGUUCAUACUCCUUUUGACAGCUCCACCCUAGCCCACCUAUCUGUUGGAGAUCCCCCCCCCCCACCUUUUUUUAACAUUUAAUUUGAGAGAGCGAGAGAGCACGCGAGCACGCGCGCACACCAGCAUGUGAGUCUGGGAGGGUAGAGAGAAUCUCAAGCAGGCCCUGAGCUGUCAGCCCAGAGCCUGAUGUGGGCUCAACCUCACCAGCUGUGAGAUCAUGACUUGAGCCUAAAACAGGAGCUGGACACUUAACUGAGACACCCAGGCACCCCUUGGAGCCCUUUUCAAGCCUACUUUUUUCAUUCCAUGAGGAUAAAUUUACCUCUUCUUUAAGAAAUAGAUUUCACUUUUGAAUAAUCAAACACAUCUUCCACUCUCAGGAAGUCAUGCCACCCAAAGCCCUUUGCUGAUUUAGACAGGCCAAUCAGCCUCCCAAUUGACGGCUCUUUGGCUAUCCUGCCAAAAAAACCCACUCCAGUGAAAACAACCCCAGUUAUCAGCUAUGAAACUGGAAGGUGAGGUGGUAGACACCCAGACCCCAGCUAGUUGUUUGGCUCAGUUCCGCUAACUCAAACUGGUGUUAACAUCCUAUUCUUUAGGAGUUCUAAUCUUUACUUAGCUUCUGCAACUCUACUGUAGACUGAUGGUCAUGGGCUAAACUACAUUAGGUUUGUAUAUAAUCCUUGCCAGUAGAAUCAAUGGUUCCCUACUGGGAUUUCUAGGGAGGUAAAAUACAAAUAUCUCUUAGUCCCCUUUUUAAAGCCUUUUCUUUUAAAAGGUUUGGCACCCUUUUGGUUAAGCUAGAAAGAUAAAACCUUUUUAAGUGCAGUUUUGAGUUUUUUCAGAACAAAUAAUCACCAGCUCUCGUGCCCUUUUGUAGUCAAUUCCCAUCCACACCCCAGGAAGCCAUUCAGGUGUCUGCUAUCGCUGGUUUCCUCUUUUCCAGAAUGUUAUGUAAAUGCCUUGAGGUUGGCUUUUCACUUAGCAUAAUGCUUCGGGGAUGCAUCCAUGUUGUUUUUAAUCAGUACUUCAUCUUUUUUAUUCCUAGGUAGUAUUCCAUUGUAUGGAUGCACCAAUUUAUACAUUCACCAGUUGGAAGGCUAUGUUGACUUAUUUUUGGUGACUGAAUAAAAGCAGCUACGUUCACAU